CCAGGAUCUGAUGUGUGAAAAUGUUGGAAAGAGGGGAGCUGAUGCCUGUAUGUGUGAAUCGCACUGCUUACUGUGCAAGCCUGUAAAAACAACUAGAAGAAAGAUUCUGAGUGAAAUGAGACAAGACGGUAUUGGGAUUUCAGAAGAUUUGUCAAGCGAGGAAGAUACAGACACAAGGAAUGAAUUCAUGUUUCCACGGAAUGUAGAAGGGGCAUCAAGUGAUAAUGGAUGCACUUUAACAAGGAGGAACCUGAAUUCAUCUGUCAACAAGAGAUGCCAGGUUACUAUGUCCCAACAGACCCAAGAUUCAGAUUCAGACAGAUCAGUGGAUUCCGAGGAAGAAUCUGUCUUUAGCCAGGGCUCUAGGUCUGGUGUAAGUUGCAGUUCCCACAGUUACACAGUCUCUCAUCAGGACUUUGAAAGCACUCGGCAAGGCUCAGAAACGGACGAUACACUUCUGGAUGACCUGCUGUAUGGACCCCAGUGUCGAUCGUCCUGUGAGAGUGGCACUGAUAAAGACCUCUCUCAAACUUGUGCAGGAAAUUAUAGGAGCUCUCCAUCAAGGAAUGUAUUUCAACUGAACCAUUUGUUUUGGCUACAAGGUACACACCCCACUUCUGAGAGAGUCAGUGCAAUGAUAUGGGAGAAGAAUGAGUGUAAGAAAGCUGACAUGUCAGUUCUGGAUAUCAGUGGGAUCAUUAUGAAACAAGUGAGAUCUUAUGAACAUGGCGUGGGCUAUCAGAUGCUGGGAAAUGCGGUAACUGUGGCCCUGGCUGUCUUCCCCUUCUUAUUCCACUUAUGUCAUCAGAGGGACCUGGAACAGGUCUUUUCACUGACUGGAAAGGAGAUUUUAGCGGUCUUCUGUGGCGCCUCACCAACUCCUCUGCUAUUGAUUUUAUCAUCGAUUAAUCUGGUGCUGCGAAGCUGCCUGACAUGGAUGUUUUUCUUCUUGAUGUGUGUAGCAGAGAGGACAUAUAAGCAGAGGUUUCUGAUAGCCAAGCUUUUCAGACCCCUGACCUCCGCUAGAAAAGCACUGAAGUCUGAGAUCCCUCACUUCAGGCUGAAGAAGGUGCAGAACAUUAAGAUGUGGCUAUCGCUCCGGUCCUAUCUGAAGAGAAGAGGACCCCAGAGAUCAGUUGAUGUUAUUGUGUCAUCAGUCUAUUUAUUAACGCUCUCUUUUGCCUUCAUUUGUUGUACACAGGUUCUGAAUGGACAUAAAACCUUCCUGAAUUAUCUCUAUAACUGGGAGAUCCUGAUUUGGGAAGCAGCUCUGCUAAUCUUUCUCCUACGUCUAACUUCCCUGGGAUCAGAGACCAACAAGAAGUAUAGCAAUGUCUCACUACUAUACACUGAACAGAUCAACCUUUAUCUGAAAAUGGAAAAGAAGCCAAACAAAAAGGAACAGCUUACAAUUGUGAAUAAUGUCCUGAAAUUGUCUUCUAAACUCAUUAAAGAAAUUGACACCCCCUUCAGGCUGUAUGGACUUGCAAUGAACCCUUUAAUAUAUAAUAUAACCCGAGUCGUGAUUCUUUCUGCAGUAUCUGGUGUUAUUAGUGACCUUUUGGGAUUCAAUAUCAGAUUAUGGAAAAUUAAACCAUGAACUUCUGCAGUGGAAGAAGAUAUCAAUGCACGUACAAUGGAUUAAAUGCUGGAACCAUGGCAUCUACAGGCAAGCUUGGGCAUAU